GAGCCAACCCUGACGUCCCCCAAUGAGCCAACUGUCACUCAUCCAGCAUCGGCCAUGUUUAUGUUUGAGGUUGUCACGCCCGUGUAGUGUCCAGGAUCACCUGUGAAGGAGGGUGUGUCCGUGCAGACAUCUUUGCUGGUGUGGAGCCAAAGGUCUGAGCGCAUCUUUUGUGGUGAAAAGCCAAGAAAGAAAGUGUUAAUUAGCCGAGGCCUCCUCCUGUGGACGUCAAUGAGACCUUUCAUUGUGCCAAUCAGGAUUCCAAUAAUUCCAAUUCAUAACCUCCUCCUACUCCUCCUAAGCUCCUGUUUCACCUCCCUCCCUGUUCUCCUCCUCCUCCUCCUCCUCGCCUCUUUCCCUGGCCUCUGGCUGCAGUGCACGCCACUCCCAGACUUUCCUCUCUCUUCCCCGGACUUCUCCAUCAUCCUGUAGUUUUUAUUUACUGUGUUUUUUUGAGAGGGAUGCAAGGGAAGCCGAGUGGCAACCAAGGGGGGACGCUGGAGGCCUGAAUGUGGACCAGGACCUGACUUCAGCCCAUCCAACUCUUUACUUCUACCUGCAAGGAGCCGCUGAGGGGCCGCACGCUCGGAUGCAUUUAUCACUGGAUACCAUGAGCAUGGUGGACGACAGCUGCCUCUCGCCCAGCAACUUCCACGACCUGGCCAAAGGCGGAGGCACGGUCACGGUGGGGGGCCACGUCCACAGCAUCGACGUCAUCUUGGGAUUCAGCAAAGACCAGGACGCCCUGCUGGGCCCCGCUGCAGGGACCCCCGGGCCUCAGAAGGCGGGCGUGGAGGCCUUGGCCGCGGCCGGCAAGCCGCACGAGUCCCACCCGUCCUACAGCGGCCACCUCGGCGCCCUGGGGGAUGACGGCCCAGAGCGGCAGUACCAGCACCAGGACGUGGCCAUCUUCUCCAACAAGUGUGAGGAGGAGCUGAGGAAGAGCGUGGACAGCGAUGAGGGCAAGUCGCCGGAUUCGUGCAAAGACGAUCAGCCCAAGAAGAAACACCGACGCAACCGCACCACCUUCACCACCUACCAGCUACACGAGCUGGAGCGCGCCUUCGAGAAGUCCCACUACCCCGACGUGUACAGUCGAGAGGAGCUGGCCAUGAAGGUCAACCUGCCUGAAGUCCGAGUUCAGGUGUGGUUCCAGAACCGAAGAGCAAAAUGGCGUCGCCAGGAGAAGAUGGACGCCAGCAGCAUGAAGCUCCACGACUCGCCGAUGCUCUCCUUCAACCGCUCGGCACCGGUCCACACCACCAUGGGACCCAUGAGCAACUCCCUCCCCUUGGAUCCCUGGCUGACCUCGCCCUUGUCCAGCGCCACACCGGUCCACAGCAUCCCAGGCUUCAUGGGUCCAACUCAAGGCCUCCAGUCCAACUACCCCAGCCACGGCUUCCUCAACUCCAGCCCUCAUCCGUCCAUGGGGCAGGGGAUGCAGAGUGUGGCCCCGCCUCCUUACCAGUGUCCGGCACCGUACCAGGACAAGUUCCCGUUGGAGGACAUGGACCAGCGCAGUUCUAGUAUCGCUGCCCUGAGGAUGAAGGCCAAGGAACACAUCCAGUCCAUGGAUAAAACCUGGCUACCCAUGUGACUACCGACGAUGCGAAGCUAAAUCAUUCCCGGGUUUCGGGACUCUCUUUUUACAUAUUUCUUUUAUUUGGUUUUUCUACUUCUCAAAGUCAUGAAGUUCAUUCAUGAUGUGUUUUCAAACUGCCUGUGAAAAGAACGCUCCGGUUUUGGGUUCGACAUGUCCCACUUUUUGCUUAUUUUUCAGUCAUUUGUCCCAAAGUCAUUCCGUCAUUAAAAAGUCAAUCCCUUUGCCGUUAUUUCCUGGACUCAUCGGGAUGGAAAAUACACGGGAGUAUUGGGGCAACACUGACGAGAACACGGCUCAAAACUUUAUUAGGAAAAAUACCACUUUAUUUACAUCACAUUAUGACUUUUCUUUCUGAAAAAAAUCUCUAAUAUUAUGACUUUUUUGUUAGCACAGUAUGGAUAUUUCAUAUGAGAUACGAUAUUUUGUCUCGUAUUCCAAUGACUUAAAAAAAGGGAGGGGCUUUAUUCUUGCAAGGCUAUUUUUUGUUCUUUUUUCAAGUGAAAUACCAACUUUUUCGAUGUUAUUAUAACCUUCCUUCGACAAAAACUUUAUUUAUGUAAACUCUUGGCUUUUUUGGUAGCAUAACUUUUUUUCUGAAAGCAAAUUAUUAAAGUUUUUUUAUAUUAUUUUAAGUUUUUGUUGGAAUGUUACACCAAAACUCAUCCUAAAAAUACAAUGAUAUAAUAUUCAUAACAUUUAACUUUUUUCUUGUAACUUUUCUUAUACAAUUUUUUUUUUUUUUCGGAACAUAAAAAAAAAAUUUUUCUUCUGAAUGUUAUGACAAAAAACAAUGAAUUCAAUUUCCUGUCAUUGCAACAAAAAAAAAUCAAACUUUUUUUUCUCUCAUAAUACCAUGGCUUCAUUUUUACAUCACUGCAAUUCUUCAUUCACAAAAAAUUUAUUACUUUUUUCUCUUGAAACUCCAAGGGGGGGGGGGGG